GGACAAAGCGGAAGCGGCAGCAUGGGCAAUGCCGGCGGUGCUGGCGGCGCUGGCGGCGCUGGCGGCGGCUCGAGUGAUGGUUGUAUGGCCAAUGGCUGCCCUGGCUGCGGCAUGAUGGGCUGUCCCUGCGGUGGCAUGGGCUGUGGUUGCGGCAUGGGCUGCCCAUGCGGUGGCAUGGGCUGUCCCUGUGGCGGCAUGAUGAUGCCGAUGAUGCCAAUGAUGCCGUCCCCCAUGAUGAUGAAUCCGAUGAUGGGAAUGAUGGCCGGCAUGGCGAGUAUGGCCACCAUGGCCAAGGCCAUGGCCAAGGAGAAGAAGAAGCCGCCAGCGGAACCGGAGAAGAAGGAAGAACCCAAGGAGACCACACCUCAGGUGGAGGCCUUCAAUCCGGAGGAGCUCCAAAAGCGGCUGCUGAUUGCUCAAAGUCAGGCAGUUGAGGCAAAACCCAAGCCGAGCGAGCACGAGGAAGCUCGGAAAGAGGAGCCGCCGAGCGAGCAGCAUUCGGAGAGUGAGGACAGCCACGAUGAGGCGAAGGCCCCCGUCGCGGCCGUCGUGCCCUCGGCCGAAGCCGCCGAGGCGGCGGAGGUUGAGAGCGACAGCACGGCGGAGGAGCCGAAGGUGGCCAGCCCGGAGAAGGAGCCGAAGCUCUCCUGGCCGGGGCCCCCGCCCAAGACUGAUCGCAUGGAUCCCAGGAUGCAGGAGACCCUUCAGAAACUCCAGGCCUUGGGCGGCGAAGAGGAGAAAGCCAAGCGCCUGAAGGCCGCCACCGCAGCAGCUGAAGAGAUCACCAUGUCUCUGGAGCGCAAGGGCGUCAGCGACCCCGCCGCCGACGCCCCGGCCGUGCCGGCGGCGCCGGCGGCGCCGGCGGAAGUGGCGCCUCCAGAGCCUUCACCGCCACCGGAGGAAGCGGCGCCACCGGAGCCGGAGGAGAAGGAGGAGGAAGAGAAGGCGGAUGACAAGAUGGCCAUUGUGAUCCACUGGAGCAGCAUCAGGGGCUUCGGCAUUUUGCGCUCGCAAGUCCACGGGGAGGUGGCAUUUCAGGGUGCCUCCCUGGUGAACGUGAAGGAAAUGGCCGUGGGAGACAUGGUCAGCUUCGACUUGGGCUUUGACCAAAAGAAAAACCGACCCGAGGCGAUCAACAUCAACAAGGUGGGUGCGGCUCCUGGUGAAGUAGUGGGAACGUCCACCAGUUCCAACCAGAAGUCCUCAGAGGAGGGGAAGGUGAAGAAACGAUCGUCCAGCGAGGCGGAGAAGGCAAAGGAAAAAGAGAGCAAGGACAGAGGCGGAAAGAAGGCGAAAUCUCGCUCGCGCCGGCGCCGGUCCAGCAGCAGUUCGUCCUCGAGCUCCGAGAGCCGCAAGAAGCGAAGGAAAAAGAGCCGCUCCAAGCGCCGGAGAAGAUGAGGUCGUACCCCGCUGCGCAUGCCGCGCCAGCCGCGGGCAAAUGUUGGGCAAUAGAGGUGUUACUGUAAGGCAGCAGCGACAGCUGGUGGUGAGAAAAA